UGGACACGCCCCUUUUUCUGCUAUAAAUGCCGACGGAACAGAAGAUAGGAAGGCGAAUUCAUAUUUUUAUAACUCGCUGGAGUCUGAGAUAACUGAGAUUAGGGGAAACUCUGAUGCUCACUAACAUUCGCUCUCAAAAUACUACUCAGUCUUCAUUUUAAAGCCUCGUUGCAGGAACUCAGGAACUCAUCUUUCUCCAGAAUCAUUCAAAAGCAGGCUUUUCACGAUGGAUGAGUUGCCAUUCAUAAUAGGAAUCAUCCUCGCCAUCAUAACAGUGCUGAAUUUUUCUCUGCACAAACUUGAGGAAGGACACGUUGGAGUGUAUUACAGAGGAGGAGCUUUGCUUCAGCAAACGAGCAAUCCAGGGUUCCACAUGAUGAUCCCAUUCAUCACCUCCUACAGGGCUGUCCAGGUCACCCUCCAGACUGACGAGGUGAAGAAUGUGCCCUGCGGAACAAGUGGUGGAGUCAUGAUUUACUUUGACCGAAUUGAGGUUGUCAACGUCUUGAGCGCGGACAGUGUUUACGACAUUGUGAAGAACUACACGGCUGAUUACGACAAAGCUCUCAUUUUCAACAAAGUGCACCACGAGUUAAACCAAUUCUGCAGCGUCCACAGCUUGCAAGAGGUUUACAUUGACUUGUUUGACCAGAUCGACGAAAAUCUCAAGGUGGCCUUGCAAAGGGACCUUAACGAAAUGUCUCCUGGCUUAUACAUUCAAGCAGUUCGAGUCACAAAGCCAAAGAUUCCCGAGCCAAUUCGGAAGAAUUACGAGCUGAUGGAAGGAGAAAAGACCAAACUCUUGAUCUCGAUUCAGCACCAGAGAGUUGUUGAGAAAGAUGCCGAGACGGACAGAAAAAAGGCCAUCAUUGAGGCAGAGAAGGAAGCUCAAGUUGCCAAAAUUCAGUUCGAGCAGAAAAUCAUGGAGAAAGAGUCCUUCCAAAGAAUGUCUCAGAUUGAAGACGAAAUGCAUCUGGCUCAGCAGAGGAGUCGCUCGGACGCUGAGUUCUAUCAAAUGCAGCGCCAAGCAGAGGCAAACAUCCUGUUGCUCACCCCCCAGUACCUGGAGCUGCGCAAGUUUGACUCCAUUUCCAGCAACAACAAGAUCUACUUCGGCAACGAAAUUCCCAAAAUGUUUGUCAACGGAGGUUGUAGCAGUGACACGCAAUCUGUCCAGGCUGCUGCAAAUGCUGCCGGGUCCAAUGCGGACAAAUCUGAGUAAUACUCGACUGUUUAUGGUUGUGCCUUGACGUUUGGUAUGUAUGGCACGCACAUCUGAAGGAAUGUUGUUUAGUUAAAACUUCACUGAUUAUUAAUUUGUUUGCGACAACAGUCAGUGGCCUCAGAAAAUUGGGUCCCGUCCUGCGAAUAAUUCCCUGAAAAUUUUUCAUUUGCGAGACAAGAAGAAGUUGUAAUGAAUUUGUACGUUAGAGGACUUGUGUACUUGAUUGGCCAUUGUUCUGAUCCACGAUCUCGAGUGUUUUCAUAGACAAUUAGUGAAUUGAGCGAUCCAAAGCUUCUCUCCUAAUGUUUCAACUUUUCCAUAUUUCUCUCCUUUGGAAUCACAUGCUAAAUAAAAAUAGUACCUUAAAAAUGUCGAGACCAAUAUGAAUCAGGAAUUUUAAGACAAUUUGAGCCGAAUUAACUGUAGCUACUUCAAGAAAAACAAUAAAUCACCUUGUACACGGUUAUAUUAUUCUCGAUCGCAAAAUCUUGUUAUAGAAAAAGACGUCCUGCUUGAGGCUGACUUGUUGCUCAAUUAUGGAAACGAGCAUAAUUAUGACAAGUACCAAAGAGUUUUGAGCAGGAUUCCCUUGCCAAUAAACUUUUGUGAUUAAUGAA